AUGGAGAUGCACAGUGGAACUACUGACCCUCCUCUUUGCCUCAUGAUUGGCUACACUGACGGGAUGCAGCUCUGGAGCGUAUCUGCCAUAAACUCGUACCAGUACGACUCUGUGACGCGGCGUCUCCUGAACCAGCUCAGCUUCUACAUCAUGCCGGUGUUUAAUGUGGACGGGUAUCACUUCAGCUGGACCACGGAUCGGUUCUGGAGGAAAACCCGGUCUAAGAACCACAAGUUCCACUGCAGAGGAACGGACGCCAACAGGAACUGGAAGGUGAAGUGGUGCGAGGAAGGAGCCUCUUCUCACCCGUGUGACGACACGUACUGCGGACCCUUCCCUGAGUCUGAGCCCGAGGUGAAAGCCGUGGCAAAGUUCCUGAGGAAGAACAGGAAGAGGGUGAAAGCGUACAUCUCAAUCCACGCCUACGCUCAGAUGCUGCUCUACCCGUACUCAUACAAGUACGCAACUAUACCCAACUUCAGCUGCGUGGAAUCAGCGGCUCACAGUGCAGUCAGCGCUCUCUACUCUGCGUACGGAGUCCGGUAUCGGUACGGCCCCGCCUCCACCACCCUCUAUGUGAGUUCUGGCAGCUCCAUCGACUGGGCCUACAGGAACGGAAUCUCGUACGCCUUCGCCUUCGAGCUUCGGGACACAGGAUACUACGGCUUCCUGCUGCCGGAGUCUCUGAUCAGCCCCACCUGCACAGAGACGCUGAGAGCCGUCAAGGCCAUCGCAUCGGGGCUGCUGAAGAAGUGUGAGGUGGACAAGGACACGUUUCCAUACAUAUGAGCUCCGAAACUACUCUUUUUCAUACCAGAGAUAAUUAGGGAUCAUCGAGGGAGAGCAGAGAUCCAUUAGAAACCAUGAGAGAUCAUCAGAAACCAUCAGAGACCAUCGGAGACCGUCAGAGACCAUCAGAGACAUCAGAG